UUCAUUACUCACCUGUCGACGUCAUCUUUCGGCUUAGCGACCGGUAAACAAAACAACUCAUUAUAAUAUCCCAACCGUCUGUCAGCUGACACCGAGCCGACCCCCGUGGUAUUUUGACUGAGUCUAUACGUACGGGUGGCCACGAGAGAGUUGGGAUGCGUUUGAAUUGAUUAUAUUCCUGGGAAUUGCGGGACAUUUCGGCCAAUAAGUGUCACUCAGACUGCCCAUCCGAAGACUGUCAUUCGUUCUUUUACGUUUACCGACGACAAAAGCCGAAGAUAUUGCUCGGGAACGCCUUUCUUCCUCGUGACGGCCGAAUGAACGGGACGAUUCGAACGGUAUUCUUUCAAAACGUCAUUUUCAGAAGCCAGUUCUAAAGUACUAUAGAACAGUUUUAUAGAACGUUCGAACACUUCGACGUCAACUCUACCUUGGCGACAGAAUAAUUUCAUUGCACGACAUUAUUGUUUAUGUCGGGUCUGAGUCGGGAUUUCUAUAAUUAGAGGUCGUACGGGUAAAAUUACUGGACAAGCAGGGACUAAAUUGCAAGAACAACUUGCCGACUUGUUUGUCUAAAAGUUGUCUGGCUUGUUCGGUUACAACACAAGCACUCGAGGACGGAGAAAGAAACACAAGGUCGCUGCUUAUAUCAAGGAGACUUGCAAGAAGCUGAGAGAUCUACGGAAUCUUGGACACUUGAAAGUAAGGACUUUCAGAAUCGCCACUCUAAGCUGAUUCUUCCGCCACUCGACAAGUCUGGACUUCAACCUUUGUACCAAGACGUGCUAAACCUUUGCAGAGGAAUUCAAACCAAACAGGUGUUCGAGAACUCGUCGGAAUCUUGCACGAAAGUUCCCGAAGGCGACUGAGGAAGGAUCUGCGAGUCUUUCCGAUAAUUACCGAUUCUGUCAGCGAGUGAUCGACACACGAGUAGCACACGGCAAACAACCGCGGGGCACAUUCUUCCCAGCUUAGCAGCGAAACAAACAACUCACAAACUCACAAAGGUCGACCGCCAAAAGCUGUGAGAAGUGUUCUAUAGCUGUGUAAAGGUUGUAUUUUUAAAAAUGGCUGUUGAGUUUUCUAAUCGUACGACUUCGGCGGGUUACCGCCUUCCUCUCCGCGGCCCCAGCGCCUUCCACGAGCGGUGUGUGCCGAAGCAGGACCAGAGCACGUCCCCUGCACCACCCCCGGCCGGCGGCGGCAAGCGCACCGAGGCAGACUACCGCCACUGUAACGAGGUCGCCGAGGACAAGAUCUGGAGAGAAAGCGUCAAGAACGAGUGGAAAGGAGUUCAGCAAUGGGAAGACAACUGGGGCUUCCUGAAGGAGUACGACCAGAAGGGUCGGCCCAAGCCCCAGAAAGAGCUGCCCGAAAGAGUCCCCGUGUACUCGGACGACAUGCCCAACACUACCAACGGCGUCAUCGGCAGCAGGAUGAAAACGGACCUAGGCAAGCACAUGUUCCAGCUGGAGAGAGCGCUCAUGACCGGCCACAAGAAGAAGAAACUCGGCACCGAGCUCAUGUGCUACGACUGAUGACGUCACGAAUGACGUCACGGACAAUGACAAGUGUGGUGACGUCAACACGACAGUAGAGGUCAUUACGAUAACGUCAUAAAUAGAGGCAUAAAUUUGUGUCAUUAACGGUGGACUGUGAAUACGCCAUCGCGCCAAGUGAAUCUAUCUCAUGUUAUUUCAUGUAGGAAUGACGUCAUAGCCGAGCUGUCAAUCAACAUGACGUCAUCAACUGAGUCUGUCACUCAAAAUAUGAGGUUAUGAAAAGUGUCCAUAAGUAAAGAACACGAUGUCAACUUAAAGCAAAGAACAAAGCAAGCUACAAGAAUGCCUUGAUAACCCAAAGUCCAUAAAUUUGGAAUAACUUUAAUGGGAGUUAUUGAAUUGCAGAACUUUGGCUGACGAUAUUGCAAAGCUAGUCAUGAAAGCAUGGCUAACUUAAAACAGCGCUUUUGAGAAGUAGACAGUGACAGCUGUUAUCUAUAUUCAGAACCCGUGCAAUACCUCCUGAAAGAAGGCAAUACAUAAUACUUUCAUGUGCUACUCGGCCAAAACCUUUCUACAGUUUUGCUAUCUAUUUUGUACAGAAACAGACGUGAGUGAGAAUGUAUGUACUGGCUGUGCUAAAAACAAGUAGUUGAUAGAAAGAGAUGUUUAGAAAUUUUCUCUUUUUUUAUCAUACAAUGCAUUUUUAAUCCUAUCCCAUCCAUGGACCAAGCUCUAUGGGUGAACAGCAUAAGUUAGCUCAUUGAGGGUUAAGAUUUAGAAUAUCUUGGACAAGUCAGGCAAAUGGGGCCAAAAUAACAGAACCAGUAGGUUCAAAGACAAUUGCAUUCUUAAAACUGUCAGAAAUUCUUAAAUCUUUGAACUACAGUCAACCCUGUACAAGCGACCACCUGUACAUAAGGUCCACCUUACAAAAGUGACCAGUUUUUGGCCUUCCCUUAGAUAAUUCUCCCAUUGACACAAGCAUUAAGCGACCACCUGUCCCCAUAGACAACAUAUACUCGGUUCCCUUACAGGUUUCUUGAACAGGUUUGGCUGUAUUUUGAAUAGCACGUUAGCAAAUGGCACAACACUAAUCAACUACAGCAUACUUCAGUAUCUAAAGAUUUUCAUUUAUUGUGUUGGGGUGUUGGUUUUAUGUCGUACAAGGGUGAAAAUUUUAAUGUAUCGACUGAUGCUGAGCAUUUCUCAAACAUCUUGUUAUGUUAUCUGUUUUCUAAUGUUAUGAAAACUAAUUCUCUAAUGAAUAUUCUGUAUAUUAGCUUCUAAAAGAUUGCUAUUGAUAGAAAAAAAAAGUUGUCAUAUUUCUGAAGAAAAGUGUAUCUUUUAAUAUGUGUUUCCGGGCAAAGUGGUGCUAACCCGGAAAUAAGGUCCAAACAGGUCAUUGAAAGAAGUGAUCAUUGUACAGACUCUUAAUAAAUGCUUUCUUUCUAAUA